CCCGGCUACAGCUCAACCAGUUCAGCUUAGCGAUCUUGAGGCGAGGAGACACACUGCGGAUUUAUCUACUUGCUUGUUUAGACUUCAGCAACUAAAGAACAUUUUGAUCGUUGCCUACAUCUUUUGACCACACCAUCUACAUUUUGGACGUUUUAUUUCGGAGGGGCUGGCGACGCAACAUGAGCUUGACGACGUUUGACAAGAAGAUACCCAGCAUUUUAACCGACUUACCGGUCUCUAUGAGCUGUGACCCCGCUUCCAAAGACUCUCCGACUCUUCCCGAGUCUUCCGCGACCGACAUGGGCUACUACAAUGGGCAGACGUCGCAUAGCCAGCUCGAGUACUACCAAAGCCAAUCUUACUCGCAACCCAUGAAUCCUUACACCUAUCAUCAGUUCAACCUCAAUGGGAUGGGUGCGGGGGCUUACCCCACGAAAACUGAAUACCCAUAUCACAAUUCAUACAGACAGUAUGGACAGUACAGCAGAGACCAACAGACGCCACCACAAGACACAGUGAAAGAGGAGCCAGAGACUGAAGUCAGGAUGGUUAAUGGAAAACCCAAGAAAAUACGCAAGCCCCGAACCAUUUACUCCAGUUACCAGCUUGCAGCACUGCAACGCCGGUUUCAGAAAGCACAGUACCUCGCUCUGCCAGAGAGAGCUGAGCUGGCUGCGCAGCUCGGACUGACCCAGACACAGGUAAAGAUUUGGUUUCAGAACCGGAGAUCCAAGUUCAAGAAGCUGUACAAGAACGGCGAAGUCCCAUUGGAUCACAGCCCCAAUGCCAGCGACUCCAUGGCGUGCAACUCCCCCCCUUCCCCCUCUGCUUGGGACAGUGCCUCACACAACCCUACCAGUAGGGGGCAGCUCCAACAACCGCCCCUCAGUUCAUCUCCAACCUACCUGGAGGACUAUAGCCAUCACUGGUACCAGCAAGGGUCGCAUUUACAGCACCCGGGUUCUGUACAUCACACUCCUCCUCCACAUCUUGCAGGAGGCGCACUAUAUUGAGAGAGACUAUUUUAGAUUUUUAAAUCUUUUUUAAAGAUUUUUUUUUUUUUAACAACCGCAGUAAUAAGCUUACUUCAUCAAAAAGAUCCAUAGUGCAAAAUUAAAAAAUAUGAAAAAAAAAAAUGUAGAUUAUGCUCACACUACCCUUUGUUGGUAUUCUUUUAUUUACUGCAAAAAAGCAACAACAUAAUUGCCAGUUUUUCUGCUUAUUAUUUUUUGAAAGAGGUUGUGGCAGGCAAAAGUUAUUUUAAGCAAAUGUUAAGUAAUUAAAAAAGGGUCACCUUUUAAAUAUAUUUAAAGCAGUGUGUUCUACAUUUUAAAAUUCAUUUUGUUUUAAAUAAAUGUAAAUAUUGUUCGCUCUCCGUAAACUAGUCACUCCAACCCCCAUGUUGAUUUAUUUAUACUGAUUAAAAUUAACCCUUUUUGUCUUUUUUAGAAACAAAACUCAGCAUUUUAUUUAGGUUCACUCUUAAUUUGGUCAAAGUUUGGUUGUAUAUUGUUAUUUAAAAAACACAUUUGUGGAGUGUUGUUUUGAAAUUAUUGUUUAUGUUGUACUUUUUAAUUUUUGUUAGUUUGUUCAAUAAAAUAAAACACCUGCCCAUUCCUGUUUUAUCUGAGAGCAGUAGAGGUCAAAUAAAUAAAUGCCAUGAGAUUUCACAGUAAAAAUAAGAAAAAAAAGAGCUAACGGAACAGGUACAUUUUU